AAAGGAAGGACGGGAAGCAUGGAUCCCACUGAAGAAAAAACAGUCGACAUUUAUCGCGACACGUGGGUUCGCUUUUUAGGAUAUGCCAAUGAGGUCGGGGAGGCCUUCCGUGCUCUGGUGCCAGUGAGCUUUGUAUGGGGCAGCUAUGCUGUGGCCACUGCAUAUGUUACUGCUGAUGCAGUGGACAAAGGGAAGAAAGCAGCUGAGGCCCAUGGGGACAACCCAGGGAGGACGACACGGGUUGCGGCGGCGGUGGUGGACACGUUUGUGUGGCAGGCCCUCGCCUCUGUGAUCAUCCCCGGCUUCACCAUUAAUCGCGUGUGCGCCGGGUCGCUGUACCUGCUGGGCAGAACCACCAAGUUGCCGCUGUCCGUCCGCAAGUGGACCACUACGGCUAUAGGCCUCUCCACCAUCCCCUUCAUCAUUACUCCAAUAGACAGGUCAGUGGAUUUCCUGCUAGACUCGAGCCUUCGGAAGGUCUACAACGAGGGAGAGAAGCACGAAUAAGGAGGGACGGUGCAGCACAAAUGUCCUUUUCCUGGCAUCCUGACAUCGGUCCAGUUCAUGUGCUGAUUAUUCAGAAGAUGUGCAAAGAAGGCCGUCACGGAAAAAGAGUUUAGUCAAACAUACGUAUAAAAUAGCUGUACUGAAAAAUCCUAACAUUUAUAUACCAGGUUAAGUUAUUAAAAUCCUGCUGUGUGAAACACCCCUCGGGGGGGAUACUGAAUUUUUACAUCUCAGGGCGAUCUGGGUAGCGACACCGAAAUGUCUAAAUGGGAAUGUAAGAGUAUAAAAAUUGUAUGAAUACUCCAUUCGACACAGUGAAUUCCUGCUUCUUUGGCAGGCGUACAGUGUCCUGAUAUAUUCUUCUGAUCUUUUAUACAGAGAAAAGCCUCCAAGGUUGCCCUGGUGGGCUACAGCUGAGAGCUAUUACUCGGGCUUGCAGGAUAUCGCUUUAUGUUCAGAUAGAACGGUGGUUACAUACAAACCCACACUUGCUGUAGUUGUUAGCCAUAUUUAGCGGUACUGUAACGACAAAAAGCCACGAUGUCCUUCUUCUUUUGUUACCAAUUUAAAAUUUCUCUUUUCUGUUACUCGGAAUAGAAAAGAAGCGUCUUCUGAUGCACUUUUCUGUUGUUUUAUUCUGCUUUGUUGUCGAUCAUGGAAGCCACUGAGGUUUUCAUCGAGAGUUUGCGCCGCACCAGUUACGACCUGCGUGGUUCUGUACACAGUAUAGAAUCAGUAUGUACAGUAGUGUAACUUAUUGUAGGUUUGAAAUGUUAGAUGUGCCAGGUUUAGAUCAGCAAAUGUGUGUAGAACAAAUAUAAAUUUCUCCAGCACAAAGAGUAAAGAUGUCUUGACUUCAGAUUACUGUGAGGCGGUGCAGGGCAGCAUACAACCAGUGAAUAUGUUUAACAGAUUUAUGUCACUGAUGCACAAGAGGAGACAUUUGUAAUCCAAAGUACUAGCACAUUAGAUGUAGUGUUGCACUUCUCAAACAUUUGUGAAGGCCAGUAUAUGCAAAAAAAAAAAGGCUUAAGGGAUUCACUAAGAAAUACACUAUACUGUACGUCUAUAAUGUUUGUUUAAGGAGCCAAAAUAUAUAUAUACUGUAUCUCAUGCUGAACUAUGCAAAGGGAAAAAACAACAUCUGUGUGCAUAAAUGAGCUUAGAAGAUGUUGGGGGUCGUUUCCCCACGUUAAAAAAUAAAGUAUGUGGUUACAUAUUGUGCACAUUUUUAGAAUUAUAAAGGGAAAUCUAAAAAUAUGUAGCUUUACAGUUUACUGUGCUGUAACGUUUAAGAUGAGGAACAUGCUGGGAAUAGUUGUCAGUUUUUUUGUGUGUGUGUCAGGUUACACCAGUGCACCAUUUGUAGCAAUAACCUUCGUUUAAUGUGUUCGCACGUCACGGAGAGAGAGACAUGCUGAGAGAAAUGCUGGAGUACAACACAUAUGUAUUAAUGGCUGGUACUUGUAAAUGUGUUUAAUAGCGAGAUCAGGCUAAAGGCUGCUUCAACAGUACUUGUUUAUUCAGAGCGGGUUACCAUUACACCACACAUUCACUUAAGCACAUACUUUACUUUUACCUCAUGUACAUAUAUAGACGGAUAGUUUGAGUUAUCAUAGCAGGAGAGGAUCCAAAGACACCAGUCUACCUGCAGCGUGUGUGUGCCAGUUGAUAAAACUAUGAUUCUCCAGCUACUGCAUUUAAAUGUCAUUGAUUUUUGCCAGCACUUUUCCUGCUAUGACAUGUCAAAAUAUCCGCCUGGGAGAAAAAAACGUGCAUUGGUGCCUCCUUUGUGAAUAUCUCUCUCUUCAAUUUUAACAUUUCAGAUUUUACACAUUGUUGUAUUUCUACUGUUCUGUUGCAUGCUGCAAAACAAAAGGAAUGAUUUCCUUUUUUUUUUUUUUUUUGACUGUCUGACAGUGUGUUUAGAACUGGGAAUAUUCAGCCUUAACUGAAAAGAAUUUAAAUAGUAUAACCUCAAACUCUGUUAGUUCACAAGCUGGAGAUUAUUUUUUCAAAUGUGAAAGUAACUGUUUAAAGUUAAAGCUCCAUUCGUUAGAGUGGUCACCUGAUAGUCAGCGAUCCUGAUGCUCUGUAACCUCUGAACUUCUGAAACUGUGGUGAAAUAAAUUAUAUCAUGUCUUGA